CCGGCAGGGCUGGGGCUCGCCUUUGCCUGCCCGCCCGCCCGCCUGCCUGGCUUUUUUGCAGGGCUGCUGGGAGUUGUGAAGGCGUGUGAGAAUCCUGGGAGCUGGUGAUGUCAGACCGCUUGGGUCAUUUGAAGGUUAGCAGCCUGGGAAGGGUUCACGGAAAGUUCACUCGCAUAUAUUAGGCAAUUCAAUCUUUCAUUCCCUGUGACACAAGUAGUAGGAAGUGAGCUGUUCAGAGGCAGAAGCAUCUAUUCACGGCCGAGGGGGAUCCCGAGCCUCCACCGGAGCUGUUUUAUCCCGGGGAGGUGGGCGAUUGGCACGGCGUGGGACGCGGCACACACCCGGCAAGCGCCCCAGGAGCUGGACUGACUCUCAAGAAAUUUUGGGGGGAAAUUGAUGGUAGCUAAAACUUGGAAUGCAGCUCGCAUCCCCCCAUCUUGCUGGAUUGGCUGGGCAGCCUGGAAAAUGGUAAAUGAUCAUUUGGAUCAAUUACAGGCUUUUAGCUGUGUUGUCUGUCAUAAUUCAUGAUUCUGGUCUGGGAAAAAGACCAACAGCCUACGUGCCAAAAAAGGGGCAGAGUUUGAUGGAGUUGGGUGUACUUUUAUGUGCCAUUUUCCUCCACACCUAGAGGAAAGCACUUUUGCAGGCAUUCUGUGCAGGGGGAAUCAUGUUUGACUGUAUGGACGUUCUAGCAGUGAGCCCUGCUCAGAUGCUGGAUUUCUACACUGCGAGUCCGUCUUCCUGCAUGCUCCAGGAGAAGGCUCUCAAAGCAUGCUUCAGUGGAUUGGCACAAACAGAGUGGCAACACCGGCACAGUGCUCAAUCAGUUGAAACUCAGAGCACCAGUUCUGAGGAACUUGUUCCGAGCCCUCCUUCACCACUUCCACCCCCUCGUGUUUACAAGCCCUGUUUUGUUUGUCAAGACAAGUCAUCCGGAUAUCACUAUGGUGUCAGUGCUUGUGAGGGAUGUAAGGGCUUUUUCCGCAGGAGUAUCCAGAAGAACAUGGUUUACACAUGUCACAGAGAUAAAAACUGUGUUAUCAAUAAAGUUACCAGAAAUCGCUGCCAGUACUGCAGACUACAAAAGUGCUUUGAAGUGGGAAUGUCCAAAGAAUCUGUCAGAAAUGAUAGGAACAAAAAGAAGAAGGAACCUUCAAAGCAGGAGUCCACAGAAAACUAUGAAAUGACAGCAGAGUUAGAUGAUCUCACUGAGAAGAUCCGAAAAGCUCACCAGGAAACCUUCCCCUCACUCUGCCAGCUGGGAAAAUACACUACAAACUCCAGUGCAGAUCAUCGGGUUCGACUGGACCUUGGGCUUUGGGACAAAUUCAGUGAACUUGCAACGAAGUGCAUUAUUAAAAUAGUGGAAUUUGCAAAGCGAUUGCCAGGCUUUACAAGUUUGACCAUUGCAGACCAAAUAACUCUACUCAAAGCAGCCUGCCUGGAUAUACUGAUCCUUAGAAUUUGCACAAGAUACACACCAGAACAAGACACCAUGACCUUUUCAGAUGGCCUUACCCUAAACCGAACUCAGAUGCACAACGCCGGAUUUGGCCCGCUGACUGAUCUCGUGUUCACAUUUGCCAACCAGCUCCUGCCUUUGGAAAUGGAUGAUACAGAAACAGGUCUCCUUAGUGCCAUCUGCCUAAUCUGUGGAGAUCGCCAGGACCUUGAAGAACCAAUGAAAGUGGAUAAGCUUCAGGAACCCCUGCUUGAAGCACUGAAAAUUUAUAUCCGAAAGAGACGACCCAACAAGCCUCAUAUGUUCCCAAAGAUCUUAAUGAAAAUCACAGAUCUUCGUAGCAUCAGUGCAAAAGGUGCAGAACGUGUCAUUACAUUGAAAAUGGAAAUUCCUGGAUCCAUGCCACCUCUUAUUCAGGAAAUGUUGGAGAACUCUGAAGGACAUGAACCACUGACACCAAGCUCAAAUGGAAAUACUGCAGAACACAGUCCCAGUAUCUCACCUAGUUCAGUGGAUAACAGCAGUGUCAGUCAAUCCCCUAUGGUGGAAUAAGACAUUUUCCAGCUACUUCAGACAUUCCUAAUACCUUAUGUACAGGGAUGAAAAGCAAGAAAAACAUUUUUACUGCUGCUUAGUUUCUGGACUUAAUAU